GAAAGGGUCGACAACAUCAAUUGACGGACAUUUUAUCAGCCUUAAAUGUCAUUCGAUGUGAACCCAAACCUCACCAUUCCAUAUCACCUUGCGUAAGAAAGAAAGAUGCUUCCAACACCAGACACCUCACAUGUGCCCUUCAGCCGUGUAUACGAGCCUUCUGAGGACUCAUACCUCCUUCUGGACACCCUAUCCGCCCCAGCCGAAACGGCCUUUCUGCACGCUAGGUUCCAAGGCCAUCCUCCACUCGUCCUGGAAGUGGGCACAGGCUCGGGCGUCGUGAUCGCUUUCGUCGUCGCCCAGGCAGCUCACCUGUUCGGCAGGCGCGAUAUCCUCGCCGCUGGCGUCGACGUCAACCCCUUUGCCUGUCGCGCCACCAACGACACCGUCCGCAAGGCCCAGGUUGAUCACCCUGGGACCCAUGCUCCGUGCUGGCUCGGUGCCGACGUGGGAGACCUUGCCGCCCCACUGCCUCCUGGCAAAGUGGACAUCCUGCUGUUUAACCCGCCGUACGUCCCGUCCGAAGCACUACCUUCUCUACCGCCCGACGCCGCGGCACCCAGUGACCUCGCCGGCCUUGCGUACUCGCUCUCGAACCUGACGGACCGCACCCCCAGCUUCGACGGGGAUUCAUACCUCCUGGCCUUAUCCUACGCCGGAGGGAGAGAUGGCAUGGAAACGACAAGUCGGCUGGUCGAAUCCCUGCCUGAUAUCCUCUCGGCGCGAGGCUGUGCCUACAUACUGUUAUGUGCACAAAACAAACCCGACGAUGUCAAAGCCCGGGUUGGCAGAUUAGGCCCGUCUUGGAGGGCACUGACCGUCGGCGAGAGCGGAAACAAGGCCGGGUGGGAGAAGUUGCAAGUCAUCAGAAUCUCGAAGGACAACGUAAGAGACAGGCGAGAAUCAUGA